GCUUUGUUGUUCCAUUUUCAAAAAAUGUAGAGCAUCAGAUCGAGAGUGUCUUGCUGGUGCAACCAAUCUAGUUAUUACCAUCUUUAUGAUGAUUUGAUGACUCCAUAUCUUGCAACUGUUUGUUAUUCUUUUGUUAACAACUCCAUGCUAUUAGAUUAAUCUGUCAUUGAAUGUUGUGGGCAAACAAAUCAGAAUGAAUUUCCUUAAGUGUCAAAAUACUAGUGACUUCUUGUUUUUCUAUCUGUAAUCUCAAUUAUUUGCAUUAGGUUCAAGAAAUGCUUCCAACUAUGAACAAAACUUCAGUGCUGCGAAGCCUGAAAGAUCAUCUCCACCAGUGCCCAAGCAAGUUGUCUGAGGAAAUGGUUAGGUGUAUGGCUGCUGUCUACUGCUGGCUUGGUAGUUCAGUCUCUGCAAAUCCAACAACAUUAAAACGAAGUGGUAUCAGUGAGGAUAGGGACUGGUCUUGCAAAUCCAUGGUUGAAAUAUCUUCAAUAUCAACUGAUAAGAACCACUUCUCUCGUGCAUCUUAUGCCAUUAACAACUACAGAGUUCUUGUGGAACAACUGGAAAAGGUGAAUGUGGCACAGAUGGAAACCAAUGCCAAGAUUGCAUUUUGGGUCAACACUUACAAUUCUCUCGUCAUGCAUGCAUAUUUAGCGUAUGGUAUACCCCACAGCUCUUUAAGAAGGCUAGCUUUGUUUCACAAGGCUGCUUACAACAUCAGUGGCCACAUCGUAAGUGCAAAUGCCAUAGAGCAGUCAAUAUUCUGCUUCCGUACACCUCGAGUUGGACGGUGGUUUGAGAUUGUCCUGUCAAGUGCCAUGAGGAAAAGAUCUGGAGAAGAAAGACAACGCAUCAGCUCAAAAUUUGGUCUUCGUAAUUCCCAAUCCCUUGUUUGCUUCGCUCUUUGUACUGGAGCUUUUUCUGAUCCUGCGCUUAAAGUCUACACGGCAUCAAAUGUUAAAGAUGAGCUAGAAGUAGCAAAAAGGGAGUUUCUUCAAGCAAAGGUGGUUGUCAAGAAGUCAAAGAAAGUGUUUCUGCCAAAGGUGCUUGAAAGAUUUGUGAAGGAAGCCUCUAUCGCCUCUGAUGAUCUUAUCAACUGGGUUGCUGAAAAUGUUGACAAGAAGCUUCGUGACUCAAUACUGAAAAGCAUUGAUCGUAAAACCAGUAGAAAGGCAUCGCAAGUCAUAGAGUGGUUACCUUAUGAUUCAAGGUUCAGGUAUGUGUUUUCUACAGAUUUAAUGGAUAAACCAUGGCGAGCGUGACUCUCUUUAUGAAUUCUUGGAAGCAAUAUACCUUGUCACGAGUCUUCAUUGUUUCUUGGCUAAAUGAACAAGAAAAAUAAUGUCCAUAAUUCAACAUGCAAGUGAUCCCACUCCUUGUACAUUUAACUACUGUCCUUUAGAUCUUUGCCAAUUUCAGGUGUAUUGUGGUGGUUAUCUGAUCUGAAGUUACUUUUGCGCAUCUGUUGUAACUUGAAUCGAUUGACUGGUUUUAAAAAAAAAUUUUUUUUUUUUUUUUUUUUG